UAUCUCAGUUGGGAACAGCCACUCUGAAUGUGUCAUCGCGUCCUGACUUCUCUGUAGUGUUUGGCCACUUGAAGCUGCGGUUCGCCUGAAUUUAAUUAUCCAAUUCAGGUCAACUAAUCUGAUCCUAAGACGCGACAUUAUGCCACGCGGAGACUUCAGCGUUCACUUCGCCAGUAGAGGCGGUGGAUUAUACGUCCGUGCAGAAGAGGCAGCAGGAAUAGCACUCCUGGUUAUCAUUCUGGCAGCUCUUCUGAUCAUCGGCUGCUGGUACUACAGGAGAAGGAGUGGAUACAAAAUUAUCCGGACCCAAAAUGCAGGUCAGUCCUGGAGGGCAAUGGUGAACUCAGGCCAGUACAGAGGUGAAGGAGAAGCUGCUGAUAACAAAGUCGCACUCAAUGAGCUGAGCAAUCUCCAGCAUGUGGUUCCCAAUGCUCCUCCAGCAUAUGAGAAGAUUUCCUCUGGUCCUUCACCACCUCCCUACUCACCCUGAAACCCAUGCGGGGGUCAGCCACCAAAAACCAAAGACGGGGUUGUUAAAUUUUAUGGUCACUGAUUUUUUUGUUUUUACAUUAAACACUUGCUGAACCGAGUGUGCUGGAUUCCGUUCAACAAGGCCUGCUGCAGUUAGAUUUUUCAUUUUCAUUUGUUUUUAAAUAAUUGUGCCAUUGUCCACAACCAACAAGUAAUUCACAAAUAAAUUUUAGGAACGAUAAUGUGAUUUACCCUAAUUGCAUAGUAAUAAAUAGUGUUGCAAACACUUGCAAAAAUUUUAAGGAUUUCCAUAUUCUUUACACGGUACCUGAAUAUUAACUACCUGUUACAGUAAAAUUUAUGAACAUGCACUACAUGCAUUAU